AGACAAGUACCUAAACAGUAAACACAAACGAAACACUCUCAUUUCCUUGAUUAAUAAGCUCCGAAAGGUGAUGAAGGAAACCCUAUUAAUAAUCUCAGGCAUCCCCACUUUCCUUCCUUGAGCUUCCUUCAGUCCUUCAUUGUCUUUUUCGUUCAGACCGCUUUAUGCUUCCGUUGAAGAGGUCAGCAGUUGGAGGGGACGCCGCCGCUUCAGAACUAGAAGGUUCUUCUUCCUCUGCUUCUUAUUCCCUGAACAAACGGCUCAAAUCCGAUUGCUAUAUCGGCGGCGGCGGAGAGGAAUCGAGUGUCGAGAUGGGAGGCGUGGAGGUGAACGGAAAUGAUGCUGUUAGUAACGGCCGUCGGACUGAGAAUGGUAAAUCGCCGAUUGACUGCUCGCGUAAUUCUCCCGACAUCGAUGAGGAUCUGCACAGCCGUCAGCUCGCUGUGUAUGGCCGUGAGACCAUGCGUCGGUUGUUCGGCUCUAAUGUUCUUAUCUCUGGAAUGAAAGGCCUCGGAGUUGAGAUCGCGAAGAACCUCAUUCUUGCUGGUGUCAAAUCUGUUACUUUACACGAUGAAGGAAAUGUGGAGCUGUGGGAUCUGUCUAGCAAUUUUGUUUUCUCUGAGGAUGAUGUGGGGAAAAACAGGGCUCUUGCUUCUGUUCAGAAAUUGCAAGAACUAAACAAUUCUGUGAUUAUUUCUACCCUAACAAAUGAGUUGAGUAAGGAACAACUCUCUGAUUUUCAGGCAGCUGUAUUUACUGAUAUCCGCUUAGAGAAGGCAAUGGAAUUUGAUGAUUACUGUCAUAAUCACCAGCCUCCAAUUGCCUUUAUCAAAACUGAAGUAUGUGGCCUUUUUGGUAGUGUAUUUUGUGACUUUGGCCCUGAAUUCACAGUUCUUGAUGUUGAUGGCGAGGAUCCACGUACAGGCAUUAUUGCAUCUAUUAGCAAUGACAAUCCUGCUCUUGUUGCGUGCGUUGAUGAUGAAAGGCUUGAGUUUCAGGAUGGAGAUCUUAUUGUCUUUUCCGAAGUCCGAGGAAUGACAGAAUUGAAUGAUGGAAAGCCAAGGAAAAUAAAAAAUGCAAGGCCUUAUUCAUUUACGAUUGAAGAAGAUACCACAAAGUAUACCGCAUAUGAGGGAGGUGGUAUUGUCACACAGGUAAAGGAACCUAAAGUCUUGAAAUUCAAGCCGCUGCGAGAAACACUUAAGGAUCCUGGUGAUUUUCUUCUCAGUGACUUCUCAAAAUUUGAACGACCACCAGUACUGCACUUAGCAUUUCAAGCGUUGGAUAAGUUUAUUUUGGAGUUAGGACGGUUUCCUAUUUCUGGAUCAGAAGAAGACGCUCAGAAACUUAUACAGCUGUUUACUGAACUUAACAAUAGUUUGCCUGAUGCUAAACUUGAAGAGGUUGACCAUAAACUUCUCCGAAGUUUUGCCUUUGGUGCUAGGGCUGUGCUAAACCCAAUGGCUGCUAUGUUUGGCGGUAUUGUUGGACAAGAAGUUGUAAAGGCUUGCUCUGGGAAGUUCCACCCACUUUUUCAGUUUUUCUAUUUCGAUUCUCUGGAGUCUCUUCCAGCUGAGCCCCUGGAUACCAGCGACUUAAAGCCGUUGAAUAGUCGCUAUGAUGCUCAAAUCUCUGUGUUUGGAUCUAAAUUACAGAAGAAACUGGAGGAUGCGAAGGUUUUUGUUGUGGGAUCUGGUGCUCUUGGGUGCGAGUUCUUGAAGAAUUUAGCUCUGAUGGGGGUUUCUUGUGGGGAGAAGGGAAAGCUAACUAUCACCGAUGAUGAUGUCAUUGAAAAGAGCAACCUUAGCAGACAAUUCCUUUUCCGUGAUUGGAAUAUUGGACAGGCUAAAUCUACAGUUGCUGCCUCAGCCGCUUCAUUGAUUAAUCCUCUUCUACAUAUUGAAGCUCUGCAAAACCGUGCAAGCCCUGAUACUGAAAAUGUGUUUGAUGAUACAUUCUGGGAAAAUUUGAAUGUUGUCAUCAAUGCUCUAGAUAAUGUUAAUGCCAGGCUUUACAUUGACCAAAGGUGCUUGUAUUUUCAGAAACCAUUACUGGAGUCGGGAACUCUAGGUGCCAAGUGUAACACUCAGAUGGUAAUACCUCACCUAACUGAGAAUUAUGGUGCUUCAAGGGAUCCUCCUGAAAAACAAGCACCAAUGUGCACUGUGCAUUCCUUCCCGCACAACAUUCAUCACUGUUUGACAUGGGCAAGAUCUGAAUUUGAGGGUUUACUUGAGAAAACCCCUACUGAAGUAAAUGCUUAUUUGACUAGUCCAACCGAAUACACAUCUGGAAUGAAAAAUGCUGGUGAUGCACAGUCCAGAGAUACCUUAGAACGUGUUCUUGAAUGCCUUGAGAAGGAUAGAUGCGAUACAUUCCAAGACUGCAUAGCCUGGGCUCGUUUAAAGUUCGAAGACUACUUUGUGAACCGUGUGAAGCAAUUGGCAUUCACUUUUCCAGAGGAUGCCAUGACUAGCAGUGGUGCUCCAUUUUGGUCUGCACCAAAGCGCUUUCCAAGACCACUUCAGUUCUCCACCAAUGACUCUAGUCACCUUAAUUUUGUUAUGGCAGCAUCCAUAUUGCGAGCUGAAACAUUUGGCAUACCUAUCCCAGAUUGGAUCAAGUCUGAACAGAAGUUGGCUGAUGCCAUUGACAGAGUGAUAGUCCCUGAUUUCGAACCGAAAAAGGAUGUCAAGAUUGAGACAGAUGAGAAAGCAACUAGUAUUUCAACAUCAUCCAUAGAUGAUGCUGCAGUGAUCAAUGAGUUGGUCAGGAAUCUGGAAUUGUGCAGAGAGAAAUUGCCUGCAGGCUAUAAGAUGAACCCUAUUCAGUUUGAGAAGGAUGAUGAUACCAACUAUCAUAUGGACAUGAUUGCUGGACUUGCCAACAUGAGAGCAAGAAAUUACAGCAUCCCUGAGGUUGACAAACUGAAAGCCAAAUUCAUUGCUGGGAGGAUUAUUCCCGCGAUUGCUACUUCAACUGCUAUGGCAACAGGUCUUGUUUGCUUAGAGCUAUACAAGGCUCUGGAUGGACAACACAAGGUGGAGGAUUACCGCAACACAUUUGCAAAUUUGGCACUCCCCUUGUUUUCAAUCGCUGAGCCAGUACCACCCAAAGUGAUCAAACAUCAAGACAUGAGCUGGACUGUCUGGGACAGGUGGAUUUUGAGGGAUAAUCCGACACUGAAAGAGCUCAUCAAGUGGCUCCAAGAUAAAGGUCUAAAUGCCUAUAGCAUCUCUUACGGCAGCUGCUUACUUUACAAUAGCAUGUUCCCUAGGCACAAGGACCGCAUAGAUCGUAAGAUGAUGGAUUUGGCCAGGGAUGUUGCCAAGGCAGAUUUCCCUCCAUAUCGUCGUCAUUUUGACAUUGUGGUGGCUUGUGAGGACGAUGAUGAUAAUGAUGUUGAUAUACCUCAGAUUUCUAUAUACUUCAGGUAGACAGUUCGUUCCGACUUGUUGGAGGAAUUGGGUAGAAAUUGUUUAGAUUAUUGAUGUAAUGUUUGAUAUUGCAAUUUAGACUCCUGUCUUUUUCGUCUAAGUAUACAUUUAGACAUUCCGUGCAUGCACGAUCAACAGUUAGCUUUUUUAUUAAUGCUUAGUUUUAUGUUUGUUUUCAUA